GUCUGACAGUCCAUCCACUGUGGGUCUCCAUCACUCACACACACAUGGAUCGCCGCCGGCAAGUUAUCCAUCCAUCGGCACGUCAGCUGACAUCAGCCACACUCACCCGCACACACAGCCACAUCGACACAGCCAGCCCAUUCGGUGUGUCGCCCUCCUCUGUGUGUCCCCGCCGCACACUCACAAAGGAAAGGCAACACGCCACACAGCGAUGCAGCUGAAGAGAUCUCUUGGGCGAGAUACACACAUAGUGACCGUCGGGAGCAGAGGGGCGGGAGCAAAGCAAUGAGUAUGACGUGGGUAUGCCGACAUCGCACUCAUCCACAGACAGACAGACAGACAGACAGACACAUACGCAGCCCAUCACGGCGGGCCUUCCCUGAUUCAGUCGAUGUGUGUUGGCAUCAUGAUGCAGCCGCCCACCAGCCACUUGACGGGCCACCACAGAGACGCCUUCGCCACACCGCCCUGGGCCGUCGGCUUUGUCGCCUUUGGCCCCUUCUGUCUGUGGGGUGUGGCCAUUCCCUCCCUCUCGACCAGCCCAUCCGCCCAGAGACGCACAAUGGGGCCGCGGACGGGCGGCGUCUCGAUUGGCUUGACGCGGGACGCCGAGGCUCUCGCAUCCAUUUCGGGCACCACACCCACCAUCGGCCGCACAGCGACCUUCAUGGAAACAGAGAGAGGGAGGGGGGAAGGGAGGGAGACGCAGUCAUGUUGGUUGGCAGGAUGGUGUCUCGAUGUGCCGCAGUUACCUGUUUGUAGUGCGUUUCCGCGGUGGUGAGGCUGGCCAUGUGUCCAAUGGCCUUUUUGGCGUACACGAGCGCCUCGACCUUGACGCGCUCGUCCGGCAUCAACACCGACAGAAACGGGUGGUCAAUCUGUACGGCGGACACAGAGGGAGAGGGGCGAUGCCGUCCGUCUGUCUCCCCUCUGAUGUGUGUGGAUGACUCACCUUGAAGACCUCUGCGACGUCUUUGAGCGCUCUAUACCUUUCGAACAUCGCCGGCGGCCAAUAAGCCAACGCACACACGUACUCCUCGGCACCUUCCUGUGAGGCACAUCCACCCAACACACAAAGUGACAUUCCAUCAGUGCAAAAAGGCAUCCCUUAUCUCUCUCUCUCUCUCUCUGUGCAGUGCAGUGCAUUACCUCAUAUGCGUCGCAGAGGGCCUCCGCCUCGUCGUCCAUGACGCCCCGCUGCACGAGAUACCGCCAGAUGGACUUGCGCUUCCGGCCGCUCACGCGGCCCGUCGACGGGCCGCCAUAGCCGUCGUCAUGGGCAUUCUCCUCCAGCAUCAACCCACCCGACAUAAUGACAGCUCAAAGGCCGAUGAUGAGCGGUUGAUGAUGAGACCAACGAGGGGACAGCAAAUGAGACAGAAAGUGGGACUUGAGUGGCACUGUGCGACUGAAGGGCUGAGAGCAACACGGAAUAAUCGAAUGUGAUCGUGGAGCAGAGCACCAGAAAGACGUUCUUUGAUGCCGCAAGGAG